GAAGUCUCUCCUCCGCCAUUAGUCUUCCCCUUCAUCCACACAAAUUCUUUUGGUCUCCAUGAAAGCUUGAGAGAUUGAGAGCCUUGCCGUCACCGCCGUCGUCGCCGCAGCCCCGCCACCCGUCCGUCCGCCCUCCUCCGCCGUCUCUCUCGGGCCCUUCCGAUGGCGAUCGAGCUGCUUGGCUUCCCCAAGGUGGAGGAUCACACGGCGAUACAGGAAGCUGCGUCGCAGGGGCUGAAGACCAUGGAGCACCUGAUCGGCCUCCUCUCUCGCCAGAACCACCAACCCCCCACCGCCGUUGACUGCACCGACCUCACCGAUCAGACCGUCUCCAAGUUCAGGAAAGUCAUUUCCCUCCUGGACCGCACCGGCCACGCCCGGUUCAGGCGCGCUCCGGUCCACUCCUCCUCCUCUUCCAAGUCUAUCCCCGUCGCUUCCCCUAUACCCCCGGUUCAGUCUCGGAGCCAAGCUCUAGCGCCGACGCCCGUCCCGGCUCCGACGAGCUCGCAGCCGUCUCCGGCGAGCUUCCUCCACGCGCAGGCCAAGCAGAGUUUGACUCUUGAUUUCACGAGGCCAAGCAUCUUGGGCUCCAACCCCAAGGGCGUCUCCGAGAUCGAGUUCACGAAGGACAGCUUCAGCGUGUCGUCGAACUCUUCCUUCAUGUCGUCGGCGAUCACCGGCGACGGGAGCGUCUCGAACGGAAAGCUGGGGACCUCGAUGUUCAUAGCUCCGGCGUCCGGCCAGGCUUCGUCCGCCGGGAAGCCCCCGAUCUCGAGCGUGCCGUACAAGAAGCGGUGCCACGAGCACGACCACUCCGAUAACAUCUCCGGCAAGCACUCCGGCUCAGGCAGCGGCAAGUGCCACUGCUCCAAGAGAAGGAAAAACAGAGUGAAGAAAGUGAUGAGAGUGCCGGCGAUCAGCAACAAGAUCGCGGAUAUUCCGGCCGACGAGUUCUCCUGGAGGAAGUACGGGCAAAAGCCGAUCAAAGGGUCUCCUUACCCACGAGGGUACUACAAGUGCAGCACGAUGAGAGGGUGCCCGGCGAGGAAACACGUGGAGAGGGCCCCCGACGAACCGACGAUGCUGAUCGUCACGUACGAGGGGGAGCACCGUCACUCCCAGUCCGCGUCGCAGGAGAUCGUGCCCGCGGGGGCGAUGAACCUGGUGUUCAAGUCAACCUGAGGUGGGGGAGGGGAGGGGAGGGGGGGGGGGGCGACAAGUCAAAGCGGGAGGAGGAGUAGGGUUUUUUUCCUUUUAAAAUUUUAGCGGAUGUAAAUCUUUUUUCUUUUUCCCAACUUUGUAUUAAAGAAACGGAAAUUGCACAACAUUUCCAAAACUUGACUAGCUCUGUUCCCAAACAUUCAAUUUAAUCUAAUUCGUUUACUUUUUGGGGUC